UGAUACUAGUGUUGAUGAUUCUAGUAUUUCUAGUGAUGCUUUUGAUUCAAAUAAAAGUAUUGAUUCACAUCAUGCAUUCAAUGAUAUUUCCAAUAUUACAUUACCAUUUAAAAGAUCAAAAACAUAA